GUUUAGCGAUAAGGGGUUUUACUAACAUUUGGUCCAAAAAAUUUUGCGGCCGAAAAAUUCCACCCAAUAUUCUUGCAUCUGUCGACUCGGAUAAUCAGCCAUCAUCCUCUCGAAAAAUCGGUGCUUUGUGCUCGAUUCCGGUGUGUUUGUGAUGCUCUCGCGCUGUUCCUGACGUUUUCGCCGUGAGAACUGCAGUUCAAGGAUGGAGAUCAUCAACGGGUCGGUCCUCCCGCGGUACGCCGCCCCCGCGGCGGGCGCCCUGACCUCCGACGCGAGGAUCAGCGGCCAUCUCCAGUUGCUCCGGCGCGUGCGCCUGAGGGGAAGGGCGUGCGGGCUACAGGCGGACUGCGACAACAUGCCACGCAGGUUCUUCGGUCCCCCGUCCCCGCGGCGGCACGGGAGAAGCGACUGGGGAGACUGGCCUGUUCGCUGCAGCUACGGCUCGUCCUCCGACGGCGACGGCGCCGCGGCCGCGAACUUCGACGCCAGCGGGGAGGAGUUCGUCGACUCCACCGUCAUCGAGGCUGUUGAGCUCAGGAGUGUAUCGGAUGGUUUUGAGAUAAAAAUGCGUGAUGGCAAAAACCUGAGAUGUGUUCAGAACAAUCCUCGAGUAUUGAGACUGCGGGACUCUGCACCGCACCACGCUAUUGUGCUGAAGAUGGAAGAUGGAAGCGACCUCCUGCUCCCGAUUAUUGUCAUGGAAACACCAAGCAUUAUGUUGCUGGCUGCACUUCGGAACAUUCGAAUUCCAAGGCCAACUAUUUACAAUGUGUUAUUGGAGAUGACGAAAAGGAUGGGAUAUGAGGUACGUUUGGUGCGGAUUACAGAGAUGGUCCAUGACGCAUACUAUUCUCGACUUUAUCUUUCUAAGGCUGGAGAUGAAGAAGACACCAUUAGCUUUGACCUCAAGCCAUCAGAUGCUAUUAACAUUGCUUUCCGUUGCAAGGUUCCUAUACAAGUUAAUAGGCAUAUUGCAUACAACAAUGGAUUGAAAGUUGUACAACCAAAGGUGGCUGAGAGUUAUGUGGGCUCGGACGACAUCCAAAUCACAAGGCUUGACAGGCCUGAUGACCAGCCUUGCGGUGAGGCCCAAGAGUUUGAUUUGGUACGCAAUAUGCUCAUCGCUGCCGUAGAAGAACGCUACAAAGAUGCUGCUCAGUACAGAGACCAGCUUUUCAUGUUGCGUUCGAAGAAAAAGAACGCAAUUUAGCAGGCCAUGGCUUAUGAGUCCACCGCAUCAUCAACAUUUCACCUUGUCUGGCCUCUUCAUGGGGGACGUACAUAUUAGGAGGCUUUUGGCUGAAACACGUGAAGCUUAGGCAAAGAUCAAGAAGCACCAUGUAAAUAGUUACAGAACUUAUGUCUAUACAUAUAAACGGAGCAUAAUUCCGGAUACUUUAGCUCAGUUGCAAUGGCUGUACUCAAAGUGCCAAUGGGUGCAGUGUCACAAUUGAUCUCAGUGCACAGUGCUGUGCCGCAUGGAGCAGUUGCUUUGACGAGACUUUCACGACCUGGAGCCGCUACGGCGUGAGGCUUCAAAAGAAAAAGCAAAGCUAUGGUUCCAAUUAUAGUUAUCGUCCAGUAAUCUUGUGAAAUUCGUUGCUGAUGUAAUGAUCUGGUCAAGCUUUGGUUGGCAAUUGAGCUACUUUUUUAUUUUA